GAGAGAGAGAGAGAGUGUAUCAUUAAAAGUUAGACUUGAAAGAUGUCUGUGAAUAAAGUCAGCCGCUCAAGAGCUCCCCCUGGAGUGUUAUUUUCUGCUAAAAUAUAGGAAUCCUUAGCAGUUUCUAAAACAUGGCUAUUCACAGUUUUAUCCAGGAGAGGGCGACUGAGAAGCCAAGUGAAGUCACGCCCACACCGCAUGAAUGACACGACAGAGAUGCAUCCGCCGGACAGUGGCGUGGACAGCCCUGGGUUCAGUGAUACAGCGACCACUGAACUAAUAAGCCGUACAGACAGUGAGCACACCUCCUCCGCUGACGAGUGGGUCCAGCAGGGCCCCAAUCUUCCUCCUCUUUUCCCCCCUCAUCCUCCUCCACCUCCACCUCUUCCCAUUUUACCUCCUCAGGAGGAUCCAGAAGAUUAUUUUGCCGAUGAUGAAGAAGAUUUUUAA